GGACCCUGCGCCGACGCCCCGGAGGUUGGGAUGCUCUUGUCUAAGAUCAACUCGCUUGCCCACCUGCGCGCCGCGCCCUGCAACGACCUGCACGCCACCAAGCUGGCGCCUGGCAAGGAGAAGGAGCCCCUGGAGUCGCAGUAUCAGGUGGGCCCGCUGUUGGGCAGCGGAGGCUUCGGCUCGGUCUACUCCGGCAUUCGCGUCGCCGACAACUUGCCGGUGGCCAUCAAGCACGUGGAGAAGGACCGGAUUUCCGAUUGGGGCGAGCUGCCCAAUGGCACGCGGGUGCCCAUGGAAGUGGUACUGCUGAAGAAGGUGAGCUCGGGCUUCCCCGGCGUCAUCCGCCUCCUGGACUGGUUCGAGAGGCCCGACAGUUUCGUGCUGAUCCUGGAGAGGCCCGAGCCGGUGCAGGACCUCUUCGACUUCAUCACGGAGAGGGGCGCCCUGCAGGAGGAGCUGGCCCGCAGCUUCUUCUGGCAGGUGCUGGAGGCCGUGCGGCACUGCCACAGCUGCGGGGUGCUCCACCGGGACAUCAAGGACGAGAACAUUCUCAUCGACCUCAGCCGCGGCGAGCUCAAGCUCAUCGACUUCGGGUCGGGGGCGCUGCUCAAGGACACGGUCUACACGGACUUCGAUGGGACCCGAGUGUAUAGCCCUCCGGAGUGGAUCCGCUACCAUCGCUACCACGGCAGGUCGGCGGCUGUCUGGUCCCUGGGGAUCCUGCUGUACGACAUGGUCUGUGGGGAUAUUCCCUUCGAGCAUGACGAGGAGAUCAUCAGGGGCCAGGUCUUCUUCAGGCAGAGGGUCUCUUCAGAGUGUCAGCAUCUCAUUAAGUGGUGUUUGGCCCUGAGACCAUCAGAUCGGCCCUCCUUCGAAGACAUCCAGAACCACCCAUGGAUGCAAGAUGUUCUCCUGCCCCAGGAAACGGCCGAGAUCCAUCUCCACAGCCUGACGCCGGAGCCCAGCAAAUAACAGCUCUUCUGGCAGGUCCUCCCUCCCUGUCGGAUGGUCCAGGAGGGGAAGCUUCCUAAGUACCAGUGACACGUCUCACCAAGCAGGACAGGACUUGAUACAGGAACAAUAUUUCCAACUCAUUCCAGAGCCCAGGGCCCCUGGAGGCAGUCUCCACACGGGGAGGAAGAGACUCCACUCCAGGGGGCCUACGUCUCAGCUCCCCUAGAUGUGCGCUCCCCUCAUUCUGUCCCGGCAUUGCCGGACUUCUGCGAAGGCCGGGGGGUGGGGGUGGGGGCGUUGAGAAACCCUGCCAUGGGACUGGCCUGUUCCUUCAUCACGAGUUCUGCUGAU